CAGGAGGUAACCAUAGCAACGGCACUCAUCGCGAGCGUUUUCCGUUACAGGCGACCGUUGACUGUCUACAAAAUAUGGCUAGUUCCUUGGCUCCUCCUCCAUUUCUCCGGGUUGGCACAGAGGAUGAGAUCCGGCUUUGACAGAUGGGGCGGCUGGGACACAAGUGAUGUAGAUGAAGACAGAUUCUGACGUGUGCGUUCUGGGUGAGGAGAGGGUGAAGGAACAGCUAGAAGCAUUGCUGCAAGUGUCUGAAAGAAUGUAGUGAUGAUGGAAGGUGUAGUUACAACAUCUACCAGCAAGGGCUAACUAAACCAAACCAUUUGUAAUAUCCCUUUAACUAAGAGGAAGACAUGAUUCUCCAGGAAGUGACAUCAUUUUAGAGGGAAAACAGCAGCUCAAGCAUUACAUUGCUCUGGCAUCUCGUGUGGAGCGCUGACUAGCUAGUUAAUUGAGAGCCUCCCGAGACCCCGGCUAGUUUGAGAAGAACCAAGUGAAAUGGGAUUGUUCUUGCGGGAACAACGGAGGAGAUUGGAAGAGCCCAGGGGAGAAGCACUGAAGAGCGGAGGCCAGGCAGGCCAUGACAGCACUGCUACAAACCUUUUAGGCUGUCUGCUGGAGCUCAGACUCUAUUGGAUUUGGCUCAUGUGCCCAUCUAACGCUCUGAGAGCUGCUCUAAUGUGCUGUCAGCCGUUCCACAUGCACUUCCUCUGUCGUGAUGCACUUGCCUGUCUGGACAACUGUUGCGUCUGCAGCACCCAGACGAGCUGAUCUGAUCUGAUGUCACGUAUGCUCAAAGUGUUGACGGGCUCCGACCAAAGUAACUGAGAACCUGCUGGUAUCAUCCUCGUCUUCAAUGGCAGCCACAGCCUCUGGACUCCAAACUCUGAACGCCGCUUAUCUUUACAGCCGCUAAUACUGGCUGAGGAACCCAGUGAUGGGACCAGCCCGUGUUAACCAUUAACACCCCAACUUGCACCCUUUUUCAUCCUGGUGGUGUAGCAUGACCUAGAUGAGGAGAACGACGGAGAAGAAGAGCUAUGGUAAUGCAAAGAGACCUUCAGCGUCUGUCCCUGUCGUUUAAAUUACAAGAGCGAGAUUAAUUUUCCAUUUGUGGACCUCUGAAAGAUGGCAACAUCUUCCCAAAAACAUUCCGCUGAUAAAUGAAAAGCAGCGGCACUCUAGAAAUAAUGACAUGAAUUACAGCACACUCUUACUGCGGUAAUCGCAGAGUAGCUAUUGGAUAUAAAGACUGAUCAAUAUGCCCUCUGAAGGCCUGCAGAAGGACGAGCGAGGAAGAAACCUGAAUCGAGUGAACUGGCAAGAAGAAAUGCAUACCGGUUUGGAGCUGCAUGAUGUAGAUUGGUAAAACGCUGGAAAGUGGUGGAAAGAGAAGAUCAUGCAAGCCAGAUUUGAACUCAUGUUCCCAAGAUCAUUUUUACGACCCACAGCACCAACUUCAUCAGGAAUGGAUCAAAUGUGUGGUACUGUGGGCAGCUCGACCACAACCACAAGCCCUCUCUGCGAGCCAAUCAAUGUGGAGAAGAAAGCAGAGUCCCCGCCUUUUGCCCAAUGACAAUUUGGGCGGCAGCGGCCAGUGCCAAGCUGAUAGGGAAUCAAUGCAACGCAAAACCUGACAUCAAUCCCAGAGAACCUGCAAGAUGAUCAGAUGGGGUCAGAGAUGAACAGACACUCCAUCGUUCUCUUAAUGGUCUUACUGGAGAUUCCCUCUUUCUGUGUUUUGGGGACUCCGUUGAUGGACAUCCAGGAGUUCAGCCGGUGGAGCGAGGAGUGUUUUUCUCAGGGAUGAGGAUAUGCGCUUCCAGGAUGCGGCACGAUGUGUUGCCGUGGGAACACAGCAGGAGACCUGUGUGUAGGACAGCUAGUUCUAAAACGCAGCCCAAAACUCACUGCGUCAAACUCUGCCGGCGGAAAUCCAAGACGCACAUCCCAUGAUUUAAGAGUUCAGACUGAACAAAGAACCCUCUUCUGGGGCCAGAUUCACAAAAGAAUCAACAGAUUAAAAUGUCACGAAAGGUAACGUGCAAAACGCGUAAAGAAGUCUACGAUUUGAAGCAGGGCCGAGCCGGGAGCCCUUCAAAAUUCGGGAGCAGAUCAAGUUGGAAGAGCUGGAUUCGGACGAAGACGGGGAGAAGCAGCCGCCGCCGCCGCCGCCGCUCACCAUGGCCUCCAACAGCAUCUUCGAAAGCUUUCCGUCCCACCAGUCGUGCUUCUCCAGGGAACCUGCGCCUGGGCGACGCUUCACGCCUCCCUCGACCACUCUGAGCUCGGGGAAGAUGAAUGAGGGGUUGCCCCUGGGGGCUCAGGAGAGCAGCGGUGCCGCCCUGGUGGGCAAACUGCGCAUGGCUGACCGGAGCAUGGUGGAGGUGCUUUCCGACCACCCAGGAGAGCUGGUGCGCACCGACAGCCCCAACUUCCUCUGCUCUGUCCUGCCAACACACUGGCGCUGCAACAAGACGCUGCCCAUCGCUUUCAAGGUGGUUGCCCUUGGUGACAUCCCUGAUGGCACUUUGGUCACAGUGAUGGCCGGCAAUGAUGAGAAUUACUCUGCCGAACUCCGCAAUGCCACAGCCGCCAUCAAGAACCAAGUUGCUCGUUUUAAUGACCUGCGUUUCGUUGGCCGCAGCGGACGAGGCAAGAGUUUCACUCUCACCAUCACUGUCUUCACAAACCCUCCUCAAGUGGCCACGUAUCAGAGAGCCAUAAAGAUCACUGUGGACGGCCCCCGAGAACCACGGCGCCACCGACAGAAGCCGGAUGAAGCAGUAAAGCCAGGCGCGUUAGCUUUCUCUGAACAGUUGCGGCGAAGUGCCAUGCGGUGCAGUCCACACCAUGGCCCCGCCCCCAACCCCCGCCCCACCCUCAACACACCCCCCUUCAGCAGCCCCGCCCACAGCCAGAUUUCCGAUUCUAGGCAGAUGCAGACGUCUCCGUCCUGGUCGUAUGAGCAGUCGUACCCUUACCUGGGUCCCAUCUCCACCCCAGCGGUUCACCCCACCACACCCAUCUCCCCCAGCCGCAGCGCUAUUCACUGUCCAGAUCUGACGGCAUUCACUGACCCUCGCGUGGGUCUGGAGCGUUCCUUCCCGUCGCUGCCCUCGCUCCCAGACGGCCGUUUCUCGGACCCGCGCGUGCCGUACCCCACCGGAGCGUUCACAUACACACCCACGCCCGUCACCAGUGCCAUCGGCAUCGGCAUGUCGGCCAUGAGCAGCCCGGCGGGCCGCUAUCACACGUACUUACCCCCGGCGUACCCCGCGGGCUCAUCGCAGGCUCAGGCCGGCCCCUUCCAGCCCGGCUCGUCCCCGUAUCACCUGUACUACAGCAGCGCCGCCGGAUCCUACCAGUUCUCCAUGAUGCCGGCCGGAGGAGGGGGAGGAGAGCGCUCGCCCCCGCGCAUCUUACCGCCCUGCACCAACGCCUCCACAGGCUCCGCCCUCCUGCACCCCUCGCUGCCCAAUCAGAGCGAGGUGCUGGUGGAGGCUGAGGGAAGCCACAGCAGUUCACCAACCAGCCUGUCGGUGGAAGCCGUCUGGAGGCCGUAUUGAUGCUUGCUUGACCAAUAGGAGGAGGCAGGGCCGGAUUUACACAUAGGCAGUCUAGGCACGGGCCUAUCCUUGCUUGUCCAGGGGGGUCCAAACACAGUGAAGAGAUAUAUGAUAUUUUUGUUAUACGAUGGGCUAUCUACAACAGUAAAAGAACCUAAACCCCAGACGACGAAUGUGACCCUGGACCACAAAACCAGUCAUAACGGUCAAUUUUGUGAAAUUGAGAUUUAUGCAUCAUCAUAAAAACGCUUUCCAUUGAUGUAUGGUUUGUUAGGAUCGGACAAUAUUUGUCUGAGAUACAACUAUUUGAAAAUCUGGAAUCUGAGGGAGCAAAAAAAUCUAAAUAUUGAGAAAAUCACCUUUAAAGUUGUCCAAAUUAAGUACUAAUCAGACUAAUAAAAAAUGAAGUUUUGAUAUAUUUACGGUAGGAAAUAAAAGAAAAAUCAAUAAUUUUGACCCAUAAUAUGCACAAAUAUACCUGUGCUACUUAUGACUGCUUUUGUGCUCCAGGGUCACAUAUAAUAUUUUUGUUAUACUAUGGUUUAUCUACAACAGUAAAAGAACCAAAACCCCAGAAGACAUUGAGCAAAUAAAUAACAAACAAUAGGAUAAAAAUGACAAACUAUUUCCAUGUUUUCCACCUUUUUUAUCUACGGAAAUCACGCUGUCGCAGUACAGACACACACUCGUGCUCACAUGCAGAUACAUGUACAGAAACUUGUCGUCAGCGAUGCCCCGUGAAUUUAGGAAUAGUUUAGCAGCUGAAAAGCUACAUGACAUUUCUCAGUAGCAAGGUUCUUGAAGCAGUUCAACUUACAGAUUCACUGUUAUUAAACGUUGCUGCUGAACACUGCUGAGAGACGCACAGAUGCAGGUUUUUACACACGCUUAAUCUCUCUCUCUCUCUCUUUAAUAACUGCAUUAGACUGCAUAUCAAUGGCUCAAGCCUCUGUUAUUAGCUCUAACAUUACAUUUUGGAAAGGUUUGGGAUGAGAUGUGUAAGAAAUGAAUUCAACACGCACGAGAUUUCACGCACGACGAAAACAUGACAAACGUCUUGAAAUAAUAUUAAUUAAUAUUAAUAGGCAAGGGGGGCCCAAAAAUUAGUUUUGCCUAUGUCACGAUAAGAGGUAAAUCCGGCCCUGGGAGGAGGGCAGCUGAACGAGGUGGAUUCUGAUUGGACUUGACGGACGGACUUUUGUUUUUCACAGCGCAGCAUGAGACUCGUUUGUUUUUUAAAGUUGUGGAUAGUUUGUAUUGUUAUUAUUAAUAUUAUUGUUAUUGUUAUUAUUAUUAUUACUGUUGUUUGUCUCGUCAUCACUGUACAACUUUGUUCAUCAGUGCCAGAUAUGUUUAAUGUCAAAAAAAACCUCAAGGCCUCAAGGAAACAGACUCUACGCAAGUACUCAAACACGUAGCCGUCAUGACGCAAGAAAAUUAACACAAUUUUGGUGUUAAUAAAUGCAUGGUAGGAUAACAGUCCCACCAAACAAAAAUAAAAUAUAUUUGCAACUAUCUAGACUUUGCAUAAAUAUGGUAUAAUAAAAUAAAAUAUUAAUAUUAUAUUAAUUUUUAUUGUACUCUAAUGAUUGUUUUAUUUCUGCUUUUGAUAGUCUGAGAAUAAUUAAAUAUUUAAAUAAAUUUUGCUUCAAUUAUCAGACACUUCAUAAAAUAAUUAAUAUCAAAAAAGGCAACAGUUGCAAAUUAUCAUUGCAUAAAUAUAAUGCUAUAUGCCAUAAAUUAAAAUAAUUAAUAAAAUAUGCAUAAUGCAUUUUAUGUUUUGUUUGUUGUAGUUUAAUGAUUGCUUAUUUAAUUUCUGUUUUUUUUUUUACCAUUUUAAUAUUUAAAUAAUCAAAUGUUGCUUCAGUUAUCAGGUACUUAAAAAUAAUUAAUAUCAGAAAACAAUAUCAGUUGAUUUCUACUUAGUAUUUCAUUCAGGUGACUGAUAUAAACAUGCAAACAGCUUUACAUAAAUGCAAUGCUAUAUGCUGUAAAUAAAAUGCAUUAUCAAUCUUUUAUUAAUUAUUUUAUUUUUAUUGUGGUCUGGUUGUUGUUACUGCUUUUUGACAAUGAUGAUAUAAUAUUUAAAUAAUAAAUAUUGAUUUAGUUGUCAGACAGUUAAUAAAAAAUAAUAAAUAUCAGUUGAACUCCAUUCAGGUAACUGAUGCAAAAUACCUUUGCAAAAUAUGCUAUAUGCAAAAAUAUAUAUUUUUAAAAAUCACAAUGCAUUUUGUAGUCUAAUGAUUAUUCAUUGUUCUUUUUGAUAAUAAGAAAUAAAUAUUCAAACAUUUUUAAAUAAGACAUGAAAUAUCAAUAAAAUGACAAAACAAUAUGAAUUGAUCUCUAUUUAGUAUUCCAUUCAGAAUAUGAUAUAAACAUAUCAGUUCUCUCCUGUAGUUGACCAUAGAAGAAGAUGACUUACUCUAAUGUCCUUCUACAACAUCGUGCAUUGCAUUUGGACACAUUUCUGAAUGUAAUGAUGCAUGAAAUCGAUCUUGUGUAGAGUCUGUUUCAGGUCUAAUACUUUUAAACUGAUCCGCAAUGAAGAAUCCAAAUGCGAUCCGUUCACGAUUGAAUGGCGUGAAUGGGUCGACAGAUGCUGGUUCCUGCAGUGGAGGUGAAGAAAGCGAAGCCUCUGCCGGCGGCGACUCGCUCUUAAGAGCUUCAGCAGACUUCUGACUCUUUACAUUUCCAGGUUUACGAGACUUCGCCCCGGUCACUGCCUUUCACGCUCGUUCUCUCCGCUAGAUUCACAGCGAAUUCAAGCUUUCCGACUGAUGCGCUCAUGUCACGGUUUGCUGGAUGGAGAAUCAUGGACCUGAUUUUUGUGUAAAUAGAUUGUAAAAGACUCACACACUCGACACGGUUCUCAACCUCCACAAUUGUGAAACGAGCAAAACCUUUUGAAAUGCAGCUUCAUUCUUUUCCUUUUGUCCUUUUUUGACAUUACUUUGGAGAAUAUAACACUUUGUUGUGAAGAAACUGCUUAUUUCUA